GCUAUUACUAACCCUUUUGCACUCCACGACGUGACUGCUCUGCUGUGGCAGUUUAUACGGAAACCUUUUUUUUUGCACUAAAUUCUGCUACUUCUUCUUCAAAUUUCUCGGUAUCUUACAUUACAUAUUUGCUGCAGCAGGCAGUGAGCUCUUCUCCUGCUGCAUCCUGUGGCUAUGUCCAUACCCUUCACUUACCAGAACUCGACAUGUUCAUCACACUGAAAACGUCCAAAAACCAAGAUGCCAUCGGUAUGGAACAGGUUGCAUCAAGAAAUGCAGACUCUUCGGCUGCUGGAGGAGCCAGUGAGAUCCGCGAAAAUCAUGCCGUCCCGAUUAGGAGAUCAGCUUGUUUGGCCUGCAAGAUCAAAAAGGUCCGGUGUACAGGCCAGCGUCAACGUUGUGACCGGUGUCGCAGUCGCGCUAUACGGUGCAUUAUGCCAACACUUCAGAAGAAAGUUAUCCGCAAAGCAGGGUUGCUGGAUGGUUUGACUCAAGGAGCAACAAGAUCACCUACAGAUCAGAGUGUUGAGGCGAAGAGAUUGCAAGAAGACGCGACGAUUAAUCAGCCGCUUACUGCGGAGCAAACAAUGACUGGAGUACAGGAUACUGCAGUGCUGACUUCGGACGUGUCUGCGCUGCUCCGACUUCUAGUUCGUUGCUAA